CAUCGAGGCGGAUGUCGUAUAGCUCUCUAGCAGUACGAGAAAUAACAAUACGCUGCAUUAUAUUCCGAUAUUUCAACAUCUCAUUUGUGUUUACAGCUUAGAAAUAACCAUUGUAAGAUCUUGCAACAACAAUAGAUCGUUGAAGCCUCCCCAGUCUUUGUUUUUUCCCUUUAUUUCCUUUUAGUUCCAUUAUUUUGACCGGGAAAACGCAAAACGCCGGGUGGGUGUAAAAUUUUCUGUGGAAUAACGCAUUAACAUUCAGUGUAAUUUGUUGUUCAAUGACAGUUCAGACUGUCCAAAAACGUGGAGACAUACCGUGGUGUUUUGUUUUUUUGGUUUUGUUGUUUUAUUUUUUACUUGACUACACCAACAACUGAGGUGUGGUUGUCAACACGUGGAAUAUCGAUCGCUCACCGAGUCUGAGAAUUGCUUCGAGAUUAUUAUAAGGAGCGUGGCUCUUAAAAGAUAGACUGUUGGGAUUGAUUUGAAGACGUUGACUUGUGUGGAAACAAAGGUUUACAUUGUCUAAAGGUGAACGAUCGUGCUUCAUUCAACGUGUUUCUACAGAUUUGUCAGAUCUAAGCGACGGGCAAGCUGGCCACCAACCAUGCAUUAGAUAUCGAUCAAACGAUAUCGAAACGGAUGCCGGUUUCCUGAAGAUGGCCUCACGCACCCCGUCCCUUGAGUCGCUGCCCGGUGCCAACUCGAUAGGUUCGCUGGAGCGUGGCUCCUUAUCUCCUCUGACCCUCAGCGGCUCCUCGCCCCCAGCGAGUGACUCCGCCGUAUGUGACCUUCGCGAGUACGACGGACUCGACACAACCUGUGCUAUUUGCCGAGAAACCUUUGUUGACCCUAAAGUUUUGAAUUGCUUUCACACCUUUUGCCGGGCUUGUUUAGAAAGAGAGCAAACACAUCCGGAUAAAGUAACUUGCGUUACUUGCCGUGUAGAUAGCCCGCUACCAUCAAGCGGUGUUGCUGGUCUGCUCACGAAUCUGGUGAUUGCAGCAGCAGUUGAACAAGAAGCCGACCUUCUACCAUCUACCCGCCAGACUAACUCGCCAUCAGCUCGCUGUACCGGCUGUAAAUCCAAAGAGUCCGACGCAGUAGCACGUUGCGUCGACUGCGCUAACUUCCUCUGCCCCAAUUGCGUCAUGGCUCAUCAAUUUAUGCAUUGCUUUGAAGGCCACCGAGUGCUGGCAUUCAACGAUUUAAAAGACGAUAAGGGUAUGCUUGGAUCUGCCCUAGCUGUAAGCGGAGAUAAAACAGCUUUUUGUCCAAAACACAAGAAUGAUAUCCUAAAAUACUUCUGUCGAACAUGUUGUGUACCAAUAUGCAAAGAAUGUACAUUAAUUGAACAUCCUGCUGGAUUACAUGACUAUGAACACCUGUCCGAUGCGGGACCUAAACAAUUAGAACUUAUGCAACAAUCGGUAACAGAAGCUAAAACUCGUGCCACAGAAAUCAGGCAUGUAGUAAAAACUGUUGAACAUGCCGCCGGAAAACUACAAGUACAAUACCAUAAAGCUCAAAAUGAAAUCAAUGAUACGUUCCAAUUUUAUCGAUCUAUGCUAGAAGAACGUAAACAAGAAUUACUGAAGGAACUUGAAAGUGUAUUUUCGACGAAACAAAUCGCACUUACAGUUGUAGGACAAAAGGCUCAGGAAACAGUCGAUAAAAUUUACCAAACUUGCGACUUUGUAGAACGAUUGACAAAAUGCGCAAACAUUGCUGAUAUACUAAUGUUUAGAAAAUUAUUAGACACAAAACUACAGGCAUUAAUGAGUUCCAAUCCAGAACAAAGCGUUCAAACUGCGUGCGAAUUGGAAUUCGUCUCAAAUUAUCAAGCGAUACAGGUUGGAGUACGAAACACUUUUGGUUAUGUGCGCUCAAGCUCAGAAGCAAAUGUUGGUCCUACGAAGCAACCACCUAUUGCUCGUCCCACAAAUGGCUCUCUUUUGAAUGGUGGAUCUUCAUCAAGCAGCAGUAGCGUUAAUGGAAGUUCUGGUAGUUUAAAUGGUGGAAUUCAUCUGCCAACUGGUCUUAAUGGAGUACUUGAUCGACCCUAUACGAAUGGCCUGCUCGGGCCUACCAGCCAAUCAACAUCUCCUUUUGAAUCCAACAUUAUUUCUAAAAGAUUUAAUAGUGCGACCAGUCUAGGACCAUUUUCAACAACAAUUGGCGAUAUUAAUUUAAACGGAAUAAAUCCGUAUGAGAAAUGGUCUAACGGUGGCUGCGAGCCAUUAUUCCCACCCACUACCACUGAUCCAUAUUCCCUUUCAUCGGCAGCUCACAAUGACCCUAUAUUAGAGUUGACAAACAAGCUUAUCUCGACUACUAUUUUUCCUCCUAAAUCACAAAUUAAGAGACAAAAGAUGAUUUAUCACUGCAAAUUUGGAGAGUUCGGCGUAAUGGAGGGUCAAUUCACAGAACCUAGCGGUGUCGCAGUAAACGCUCAAAAUGACAUAAUUGUAGCUGAUACUAAUAAUCACCGUAUACAAAUAUUUGACAAAGAAGGUCGUUUUAAAUUCCAGUUUGGUGAAUGCGGAAAACGCGAUGGCCAACUCUUAUAUCCUAACAGAGUAGCCGUAGUGCGUACAUCUGGUGACAUAAUUGUAACUGAGAGAUCACCUACACACCAAAUACAGAUUUACAAUCAAUACGGCCAAUUUGUACGUAAAUUUGGUGCCAACAUUCUCCAGCAUCCUCGCGGUGUCACUGUUGAUAAUAAAGGACGUAUUGUGGUCGUAGAAUGCAAAGUGAUGCGUGUAAUAAUUUUUGACCAAGUAGGCAACGUUCUUCAGAAAUUUGGAUGCUCUAAACAUUUAGAAUUUCCUAAUGGCGUAGUAGUCAAUGAUAAACAGGAGAUAUUCAUUAGUGACAACCGAGCACACUGCGUUAAAGUGUUCAAUUACGAAGGCAUAUAUUUGCGUCAAAUCGGAGGCGAAGGAGUAACCAACUAUCCAAUUGGUGUGGGAAUCAAUGCCGCUGGCGAAAUUUUAAUUGCCGAUAACCAUAACAAUUUCAAUCUGACGAUAUUUACACAAGACGGACAACUAGUGUCAGCACUUGAAAGCAAAGUGAAACAUGCCCAAUGUUUCGACGUUGCGCUGAUGGAUGAUGGGUCAGUCGUACUGGCGAGCAAAGAUUACAGGUUGUAUAUCUAUCGCUACGUCCAAGUACCACCUAUAGGCAUGUGAGCCUCACGCUCUGAUCACAGGAGAUCGGAAUGACCGAACUAUAAAUCAAAAAUGGGCACCCCGAAACGCAAGUAACUGUACUCGUAGUGACAUAAACCAUUAACGAUUCUGGCCAUAAGUGUCAAUUUUUGAGUAGUUCAAGUGACUAUUACAGUGAAUAGAAAACGGAACUUGCAAAAUUUUUAUAUGUGCAAGUGAUAAUGAUCGUGGCUGUCUCGAUGUGAUCAAGUUGACUAACGACGGUAAUCUAUCUGCGUAUUUUCAGGCAAUGAGAUCUCUGUAUGCAUUAUGUCUAAAUGAAACUGUAAUGAGAUUAGUUGAUAGUAUUGACAUUGUUAUUCGAGUACCUAUUGAAGGAUAGAGAUUAUUCCGUUGGAUCGACCCAAACAUUACGAACGGUGUUCUCGACCCUUAUCAUUUUUUAAUCUAUUGAAUAAUAUUUUUUCAUAUCCCACAUCGUUAAAUUAGGGAUGAAUAUUAAGGGCAUUUGUAUUAUUUAGCCCAUUUGUUGGACCAAUAUUUUAACUAUUACUUAACAAAUUGUUAGGCGUUAAGCGAGUGAUUUUAUCGUAAUAAGAGAGCAUCGAGCGGAUUGUUGUUAGUUUUAAGAGAAUUCUUCGGCACAAUGGCACUUCCUGUUUUUAAUUCGCACUUAUUCUGUGUCGAUUGAAAUAUGAUUAUGAAACUAAGUAAGAAGUUGUUACAUUAUUAUUAUUAGAUAAGUGUUAAAUUGAUUGAGCUGAUAUGGACAAUCUUUAGUUACUACCCCUUUUUAAAGUAGUUACAAAAUUUUAGGGAAAUGUGAUGUUAGGGGUUUUAUCAAUGACAAAGUUGACUGCGGCGUUCCUUACGUUCUACAAUAGAUUUUUUUAGUCAAUCUCACUAAAAAACUAUUGUCGCAAAAAUUAAAUUACCAUAAAAUAACAUCACAUAGUGACGAAUGAUCAAAAAUGUUUUAUGUAUCUCAGUUGACAUGACAUUCUACUUGAUUCCGUUAGAGAUUACAAGACUCAUGUGGGGUUGAGUCAUUAAAGCAUUUUAGAUUAUAUUAAUCAAAUGCAGGAUAGACGAGAUGGUUGUAGUUUUUCUUUUUUUUUUUUUAUUAUAUUCGGUGUCAGUUAUUAUGUAUUUUAACCGAUAUCAUUACCGCCUAGUCACUGAGAGCCCACGGAUCUUAGUUUCUUCACGUUGUUUUUAACGAUUAGUAACAUUUGGUUGAUAAUAAUAUUAUUCGUUUUUAUACAAAUCUAGUAUUUUGUAAUGUAUUUUUUUUUUAAUGAUGAACACGGUAGUAACUAGUAAAGAGCACUUUAGAUAAUGUCGUCUCGCUAGAUUUUACAAACAAUGAUUUUAUUGAGAUUUUAGCUGAUUUUAAUGAUUUUUACUACUUGCUGGAGUAUUAUAGCUCACACAUUUAAAAGAUAAUUAUACAAUUUGUUAUUCUGGUAAGAUAUUUUUAUAUGAAAACAUUUUUAUUUUUGUAGUGGUAGUUAACGGUGCAUGUGUAUAUUUUAAUCUUUUUUUUUUUUUCGUAUUUUAUGAAUAUUAUGCUACAGUUUUUACUUCAUUGCCGUGUGUUGUGUGCUAGCAGAAUUAUUUUAGUUCGGUUUUCAUUAUUAAUUUUGGUUAUUAGUAAAUAAUGAUUUUUAGUAUUUUUUCGCUGAAUCUAUGACAAUAAAAAGAUCUGAUGCGGCCCCUCGUUCCAGGCUGCUGGUCACAGUCUUAAUUUUUGAUCUGCAUUUGUAUUAGGUUACGAGUUUUAAUUUGGUGAUAUUCCUUUAUCUUUUUUUAAUAUUGAAGACACGUCGACCAAUGAAUUAGCUUCACGCACCGUGACUUUAGCAAUACCUGCGUUGCAUGUGCCAUACGAUCAUGUUGUGAUUUAAUAAGUGAUAUUUAGUUUUUGUAAAUAUGUACCAUAUUUCUGUUUUAUUGAAUAUAAUCAUAAGGUCUACCUUAUAUGGUUUCAUCUAAUUAAUUACUCAUAAGUGCAAGCUGGACCACAAGAUGCAAUCCUGUUUAAGAGCCAAUGAAUUUAUGAAUUUAAUACCAUCUAGGGUACAUUCAUAUAAAUUGAUUCUUGUAUAUGAACACUUGCACUAUUACAUUUUGAGAAUGGAAGUUUCUUGAUUGUUUCACCUCUGUAAUUUGCGAGUCACCGUGUUUAGUGAAUACAAAGUUGACGUGCCUUCGAUUAAAUAGUUAAAUAUAACUUAAUCAAGAUUUCCACUAGAUUAGGUGUAUUACAAUUGCGUGUAAUCUUAGAGUCCAAAUUUCAGUGAUUUGUCCACCAAUGACUUUUUUAUAGACUGUCUCUGUUCCUAAUAAAUUUAAACAUUCCUAAGAUCAUACCGAUGAUUUUAUUACACUUAAUCUACUGGUUAUUGAAUUUAAUUAAGAAUAACAUGUAAUAGACAAUCUUUUGCCCAAGACAAAUCUGCUUUACCUCAGUUUAUUCUGCCGAAUUUAUCAUAUUAUUGUAUGAUAUUUAGUUAUUUUAUCAUAUAUAUGUAUAUGUAAUUAUUAAUUAUGUCUAUAAAUUUAUAUGUACCUCUUUAAAUGUUAUUAUUUUUUCUGAUUCGUCUUAACAAACUGAGGUUACGCUGUAUUGAAUAUACAUUCUAAUUAGAGAUAAAUUCUUCAUGUUUUAUUCUUAAAAUGGCAACGAUCACGUUUCUACGGUUACGUUACUAUUUUAUGUAAUAAAUCGUUUUGGUAACAAUAUACGCUUCUACUUAAUUGAUCAUUAAACGUAUUAUAUUUAAAUUAAGUAGGUAUAACAUAGUGGUUCAUUAAGAUUUUAAAAUUAUGACAACUGCGUCAUAGUGCCCCGAAGCUGUGUGCUCACUCAUACUCUUAAUUCUUUUUAAGUUAAGGCGAGAUUCUCUAUGGUGAAAAUCCAUCGAUGAGGUUGUCACACAUUUCAUCACGUAAAUGCACGCUCCAUCACGUCAUUUAAAUCGUCGAUGGAUUUACAUCGAGUCGGGUCACACGCUUAGUUAUUUUUUAUUUAAUCUGAGGAAGGUAAUUUUAGGUUCCAUUUUAAUGAUUUAAUAUUUUUACAAGAUAUUUUUUCUGUUUUGCAUAAUAUGUACCUAAUCGAAUGAUUUUCAUACAUGAAAAUAUUUCAUUCUUAAAUUUGCAUUUCUGAAGCUUAAGGACUGAGUAAAAUUGAAACAUGUUUUGUCUUUAAAUAUAUUUUGUCGAUGUUUGUUGUUAUAAUUAUUAUAUUUUUUUAAUUAUUUGUAUAAACAAUUGUUCUUUAAAUUAAUGUACAUCGUUUUGUUUUGAAUUAUUUUUGUUGUAAUAUUGCUUUUUUAUAAUAAUACCAGUUCAUUGCAGUUUUACUGUGUGUUUUAUUUUGUUUUCUUUUUUUUUUUUUUGCCCGAGUAGUGCUUCAGUAGUUUUCCUGAAAUUGGUCAUAUCUAUUUUUUUUCUAAUAAAAAAAUUUGUAUGACUAAUUAUUACAUAAAAAAACCUUUACGGCGAAUGUUUGUGCUAAUGAAUCCUUAUUUAUACACUUUCAUAUUAUGUCAUUUAAUAUAUAUUCUAACAGCAAAAACAAUACUUAAGUAAAAAAAAUAUUUACAGCAAUUACCAUUGUAUACAUAAAAAAAUGUAUCUAAUAAUUUAACCUAAAAAUUAUAUUAUAUUAUUAUGAUAUAACCUAUAUUUUAACAUAUAUAAUUAACAUAUAUAAUAUUUAUAUAUAUAAGUUUUAGGUGCGUUAUAUUGUAAAUCAUUAAAUAAAUAAAAAAAACCGUUUAUUAGUGAAGAUAGUAUUUAUUAAUUUACAGAUUCUUUGGCACAAACAUUGUAUAGAUAUGGUCCCAAGUGUGUUUUUUGUGUGUGUGCAUUUUCGAUAAGAGUAACUUCGAAACAGUUGGUGUUGGGGAACAAUGUUGGCAUGAGAAUCGUAAGUAUUUAUUGCUUUAGCAUUAAGAGGAUAAUUUCUUUUGACAUACUACUUCCAACAAUCGAUAUCAGAUUGAGUAAAAUAUAAAUAUGGUUUAUUUUCAUCAACUAAAUAUAGCGUCCAAAGGACUUGUCAGCAUAGUUAUUAAACUUAAUAUUAAGUGGAUAAGAUUUACCAAAGAAAUACUUUAAGUUGCAUUUAUUAUUUAAUUAGUUUUUGUCCACUACUUCAUACGAGUCGAUUUUCAUAACGUAACUGCUUCUAGAUAGCAUGUCAAGAUAAAACAUUCACCAGUUCAUUUGAAAUUUUACGUUAGACCCUCAGGAACAUAACUGUCAAAACCAAAUUCAAUUUGAUGCAAUAGUUUUUGCAUGAUACCGGUACAAACAUACAGACAGACAAAAAUUCUAACAAUUAUUAUUUUAUUUUCUAUUGCUCUUUUCAAGACGCCUAAAUUUUUUCAAAUAUCUUCCAUGCGCAAACAUUAUCAAACUACAAUUUUAUUAUAUGAUUGUAAAGUUGUAAAAUUUCUUGUGAUGAGUGGCUACGGGACCAAAUUUCUGUUAGCUAAAAUUUUAUAAAUAUUUACAUUUUCACUUAUCUUUAGUAUCGAUCAAUUCGACAUUGUAUGAAUACACUUACCAUGAGUGUUAAUAACAAAGACACAAGACGUCGUCGGCAGGUAUUAUAACAUAUAAUUUUGAAAUCUUAAACCAAAACUUCGUGCAUACAUUCAAACACGUUUAUAUUGAAAUAGGACCUUUAGUAACAUAACUGCCAUCAUGACUCUUGAAUCGGAAAGUCGGACUUACUGAAAUUGUCAAUAUUUCAUUCGUGAUUUUAACAUUAAAUUCGUAUUUCAUUCGGCCCUGUAAAUUCAUGGUAGUACACUUCCAUCUUCAAUUAUCUGCCAUCAUGUCGCUAAUGUACAUUCAGCGAAGCAUCAAUGGCGUAUUAUUGACACUCAUUUGUAAGUGAACUGAAAUACAACAUCAUCAUUUCGGUCAUUCAUGCAAGAUGCAAAUUAAUCGAAUAUUAAUGUCUGAUAAAAUCGACACUUAGAACUUAUAUGAUGAAAAUUAAUAUUAUUCUAUCAAUUUGAUUUCGAUUGUAUCUAAAAAUGAAGUAGUAAUUGUAUUAAAAGAAUUACUUUACAAAAGCUGAAAUGAUUUAUCUUAAUAAGAUUAUAUGGCACAUUGAAUUACUAGACAGUAAUCUUGCUUACUUUAAAUGAGUUCUAAACUAGUAACUAUUGUGGUUCCAAGUCUAUAUAUUGUAUGUACAUUUAGUCAUUUUGAAGUUAAAACAGUUAUACAAAUUUUAAUUGAAUUUGUUUUAAUACUGUAAAUUUAAGUCACAAAGGCAUUUCAAUUUUGUUUACAGAUAUAUAUUAAUUUCUCUAAAAAUUUUAUUUAUCAACCCCGAGUAAUUAUCUAAAUAAUAUGCCAUUAAUAAUCAUAUAUAUAUAUAUAUAUAUAUAUAUAUAUAUAUAUAUAUAUAUAUAAUCAAAUAACAAACGAAAACUCCAUUAAGACAUCAUAAAAAAUCAAUCGGCUCUUCUAAAGUAAUCUGAACAGCAAAAAGUAAAAAAUCAAUACAAAGAGUUAAUACAAUGUAAAAUGUACUUUAGGGUAAUAUUUUAUUAGCUAAAUCUUGUGACGUGCAGCUUCUCAGUGAAUUAGGUGGUAACUUCAGUUUUUUUAUUUCAAUAAAACUACAUUAAAUAUAAAUACAUAUUCUUAUGAAUGUAGGCUAUAAAUCUUCGUAUUAAGGAACUAUUUGUACUUUCUAACGUAAGUAAUCUUAUAUCCCAAAUAAGCUUUACUUUUCUACGAAAAAGUAGCAAUUAAUACCCAUUUAAGGAUUCUUUGGAUACAGUUCCCUUCUCUCCAGCAGCAGCACUGCUUUAAGAUAUUAAAAACGAAUUGCUAACCAAAAAAACCACUAUUUCCAAGUCAAUUACUAUAGGGAACAUUUUACUACUUACUCUAGCACCUACUAGUGACGUAAGCAAAAACUAGGCUUACAAAAAUUGUUUAUAAUUUUAUACUCAGCAACUUUCUUAAGAUACUUAAUUAAGAUUCCCAACACACCUGUAACAUUAUUUCGAUUUUGUAAUCUCCAUAAUAAUUAUCACCAAUGAAUAUUUACGUGAAUCAGUACUAAUAAAUCAUAUAUCAAAUAAUAACCUAUACAGAAUUCUCUUCCACUGCUGCUGUCCUAUCCGCGAGAUUUGUAUUAACGUUCAGCAUUUUCUCUUUAUCCUAACGUCUUAAAUAUUAAUGUAAGACUUGUAGUCUGAACUGAUCAUUGAUGAAAUUUCAAGCUUUUGCCUAAUCCCGUCAUGCCCGAAUAAACAGUUUUACAAGAUUCGUUUCGAUUCAAUAAUAAUCAGGAAGUGUGUAGGAAAAUAAUGUAAAUAAUUUAGAAUAAAGAUGUUGGUAGUAUUAUUAUCUAGAAAUAAGGAAUGCCGGGAUUGGAACAAGUUGGAAACGAUGGAAUAACAGAGUGAUGAAUGUAGUGUGAAAGAGUGUGUAUUUUUAUAAUGAAAUUAUGAGUCAACGAUAGGUAACUAUUUGUAAGAUGUUAUUUAGAAUUGAGGCUACGUUGUUAGAAAGAGAUUGCGUACAUUUAAACAUGGCUAGGAAUUGUUGUUUAAGCAAAAUUUGAACGGAGCGAUAUCCGAAUUCGUCAGGAUUAGAUUUAAAUUAUAAGGGUUUACAGUAACCAUAUCGAUAGCUGUAUGUCUACUUUUAACAUUGUUUGAAAUCAGUAAUUUUGUGACAGUUAAUAAAUUCACCUGUUAAUGUAUUCAUCAAGGUAGUAAAUAUUGUAUCAAUGUUAGCUUGUCAGAUUGUAUGUGGUUAACGGUUUGGUCACUUAUUAUUACGUAGUAGAGCGUCGUUGAAUUUUAUAGAUCUUACGUUAACGAUACGUUGAGUCGUGCGGAGUUUGUAAAUAUAAUUGUCGCUUAGUUCUAUAUUCGUUUCAUUGUCACCAUUUACAAUAUUUGCGAUGGCAAACUCACGUACGCAUACAUUUGCUCAGGAAUUGUAUUAAUUUUCACAUUCUAUUAUCAUAUUUUGAUAAUCAUUAUCUUUUUUAUCAUCGCUUUUAUGAAAUUAUUAUAAGCGGCGAUGUUGUAUCAUUGUUGAAUUUGAUUCGCUAAUUGAGUAAACUAGUGAAUUGCACAGAACGUUGGUAUUUCACUUAAUUUUUGAUGUAUUUUUUCAUGAAAAAAAAAUGUAUUCAAUGAUUUUUACUGUAACAAUAUAUAUAUAACAUUGGUUUUAAAAUUUAAUGAGUACUUAUGUUACUCGUUGACAUCGUUAUAGACAGAACUAUUGAUCAGUAAUCGUACUUCCUAUCAGUUCAUCGAAGCAACACUUUCUUAUGAGAGAUCUCAGUAGUUCCUGUCUAUAUACGAAUUCUCGAAAAUUGUGAUUAUUGUAUGUUUAGGAGAAAGUAACAAAGCACAUAUGAGCACAAACCAUCCAUCCUCAGAGAAUACUACGCUGAUGUUUAAAUUUAACUCACGUUUGAAUUUAUGAUACAUUUUAUUGUAAAAAAAAUAUUUUACUAUCGCUUAUGUUAGUUAAACGUUUGCAAAUAAUAGUAUUUAUUUUCACAAUGAUGAUACUCUUUUGGAAGGAUAUGUUUUGGAGUUUUUAAGGUGUUUUAUAUGAUAUGGAUUUUACAAAAAUAUUGAUUGUAGGCGUAAUACCUUCUUGCUAUAUUCUAUGCGUUUCUUUUUCACUUCGGUAGGUACCUUAGUAAUUGAUGUUGCUGUCAGCAUUUAAUUAAUAUUGGCUUAGUGACAAAUGUAAUUUCUAUUUUCGUGAGAAUAUUAAGGCGCUCCGAUUCCAUCUCUACGAUGUAUAAAAGAGACUGUAAAGGAGAUGUAACAACUAAUUCUAAUCUCACGUCUUUAAUUUCAUAAAGUGUGUUAGGUAAUUUAUUAUAAUUCUAAGGUGUGUGAUUUUUAAUUUUAAUAACAUUAUUUUUACACAAGGAAAGAUUCCAAAUGAAACUGUAUAGAACGAUGAUGAUGGUAGCUAAUGACAUAUCAUGUAAGGUUUAUUAUUAAAGAGGUGAUGGAGUUGAUUUGACGGGAACGGUUAGUGACGUAUACACGAUGAAACGGACGUGUAAUUUGUUUGAUCUAUCCGACAAUACUAAUACAGUUUUCAAAUAUUCUGAUGUUAAACUAAUAAAAUAUUUAAUAGUAAAUUUGUUUCAUGCAUUGAAACUGAACAUAUCGUCCACUUAGUGGAAGCAUUUGAAAGUAGACAAAAUUAAUAGACCAAAAUUCAAAUAUUCAUGUUGUUUAGAAUAUGUAUGGUGUUUACGUUGUUCGACGGUGGAAUGUGAAGAGAUAAUUUGGAAUCUUUCUAAAUGAAGCUAGUCGCCAAAGAAAUUGCUUUUAGAUAAUUAAAUGUUAUCGUAAUAUGUGUAUGCACGUAAGUUUAACCUAAAUUAGUUAUAUGAUGCUUAAAUUUGUCCACACAUAAAUCGAUUUUACACAUUUAAUGCCAUCCUGCCAGAUAUAAAGAACACAAUGCUUAUGAUGAACUAAAUUUAAAUUAUAUCCUACUUAGCAUACGGAGUAGUAUGUAUUUUUAGAUAUCGCAUUGUCUAUGUUAGUCUAGUGGUUAAGACACACCUUGAGCUUUGAACAGUGUGAAUCUGUCACCAAUAUUUUUUACAUACGAAUGUAGUAAUGAUGUUAAUUAUAAAUCAAUUUCAAGCCGUGCUUUCCUUGAUAGUAGUAUAAUCAUCGUAGGUUAAGAGAUCAUUUGAGAUGUUCCAUUUGGCACAGAUAUCGAGUGAUUCAUGUGCACAGCAUUAUGAUUUUGUACUUUAACAAACAAGUGUGCUUCUUACUUGCAAUUUGACUUAUCAGGGAAUGAACACUUUUUACACAGUAAGCACUUGCAUGAACAUUAAGUAAGGCCCGUAUAGAAUGUAAUGACACCGCUAAAACAUAAAUUUAAAAUUCAGUAAUCUAACUAUAUAAUCUACUGAAACACCAUUUUGCGCCGUGGCCUUAAAUUUGAAGGAAUGUGUUAAUCCUUUUAUAAAAAAUUAAAAAAAAUCAUUUGAAUUUUGUACAAACUUUAAGGAAUCCCUUGAGUGUUUCAUAAUUUCAAUAUGAUGCAUUGUCAUACUGUUUUAGACGUAAGUGCUAAUGAAUAUCUCUCUUGUAUUGUAACCCUUAACUAGGUUAGAUGUUGCAGUAGUAUUCUGUGUAGUUAUCGCUUUAAACUACGUCCUAAAAUAAUGGUAAUUGUUGAUUUCAAUUCGUGCAUAUCCCCAUUUUAACACGUUUGAUAAUUGUUACCUACUCAUUAGUUACUUUGAGACUGUUCAAAAUGUACUCUAUCGAGUUUUUCUCUAAGGGAAAGGGCUGUUUUAGCAGAUAUUUUUGAUACUUUGAGGAUAAUCGAAGGGAAACGAUCAUGAUGUGUAGUUAAGGAAUUAAGUGUAUGUAUUGGGUGCCUCACAAAAAGAUUUCCUCCGAUGCGUGGAGUUCCUGAUUUUGUGAGGUCAACUCUGAGGUAUGGGGCCAGUGAAGGCCCAACAGUCAUCUAUUUGAUGACCUGUUACUUCCCAUCUCUACUAUAUAAGCGUGGAUAAUACAAUUAAUGUUACUGUAACGAAAAAAAAAACAAUGUUGUUCUUAUAUGAGAUGCGAUGGUUUUCGCUGAUAACUUGUUGUUUUUCAUAUAUUCAUAAUAUUUCCUUUAUUUUUUGUACUCUUUAGUAUUAAGAUUAAUAUUAAAAUGAAAAAAAAAAUACUAUUCAAUGUUGAUUACUCUAAAACCAAUAAUAAUCUAUGCGAUAAGGAUGGUGUAAACUAGUUUCCCCGAGAGCCUUACUAGUCGAGAAGCCUUUUCCUUAGACAGUUAAAAAGUUCCCUUUUCCCAUUUAUUGUAAUAUACAAUCAUGUGGUUAUUGAAGACGAAAAUACGAGGAAAGAAAAACAUAACAACAACAAUUAUGCGAACUGUCCCAAUUAGAUAUAAUUGCCUCAUCUUCUGGCCAAUGAUUUUGUCAAAGUAGCGUUAAAUCUAAAUGCCAUAAAGUACAUUUAAUUAUCACGGACAAUGCAAUUAUAUCUAAAUGAAACAAUUUGAAAAUCAUUACUGUUAUAUCGUCUGCUAAUCUAAUGUUCUAUACCUUUUUCUGUCUCCCUAAAAUAGUUCGUACUUCCAUUAACUAAAUCACCAUUGAAACCACACCGCAAAUUCCGAUGUUAGUUCUGGCCUAGUGAUGAUUUAAGAUAUUAAAUAAGGGUUCAUCAUUUCUUAGUUAGAUGGUAUGACUCAAUUUUAAGACUGAUCACAGUAAAAGAAAAAAAAGCAAAAAAAAAAAA